AUGAAGACCGUCUUCACCGCACUUAUCGCCCUCGUGGCCGUGACCCAAGGCGCCCCCAGACCGGAGCAGAGCAAGGGUACGCAAGGAGCGCAGCUCGUGAGCGUCAACAACGCAACCGGCAACGGCACGGCGAACGGCGGCGGCAACGGGAAGCAGUCGCAGGCAGGACCCAGCGCCGACGCGUGCGCGGCUGGCGCCAUCCUGGCCAUGGGCAUCAACACCAACAUUGCGGACCAGCAGAUGGAGCUGCAGGCGGUGGGCAACGUGCAAAAGGCCCUGCAGUCCAACGACGCAAACGCCUUUGCCCAGGCCAAGGCCACGCUGCUGCAGUUUGUCCAGAACGGCAUCGCCAUCCGCCAGGCGAACCAGCAGAUCGCCCCGGCUGGCAACCCGGCCAUCGCAGGUCUCGACGUCGUCGCCAAUGCUCAGCUCACCGAGCUCGGCUUGGCAAACAACCUCACCGGCAACGCCGCCACCGACAAUGCCAUCCUGCAGGAGCUUACCAAGGACUUUACUGGUGGUAUCGAGCAGAACAAGAAGAAUGCGGCUGCUGCUACUCAAGGCUGCCCGAACACUGGCGCUGCAAACAAUACCGCCAAGAGCACCAGCGGAGCCAAGGCCGCUGGUGACAAGGGCAAGGACGCAAAGUCUGGCGCCAACGGAAAGGGCCAGGCCAAGUUUGAGCAAAGGAUUAUCAACACUGAGGAGGAUGAUGAGGAGGAGCCAGCACCCCAUGUCCGCCGUCGCCAUGUUCAGUGGUAGAACAUUUCUACACCCAUGACCGUUCUUUUUCUUUUUUUCGGUUGAAACGCUCCUUCUUUUCUGUCAUUUAUUAUUUACAUUACUUUCUGGUGAAGGCAAACUCAUGGCUGAGUCGAACUUUUUUGUUUUUGUUUCUUGUUUUGAAGGGGAUAUCUUACCAAAAAGAACGGCGGUAUACAAGUGUUUCAAAAAUUGAUGAUGGUUUCAAAAUACAGAUAUGUUGAUGAAGUCCGGAUUAAUGACAACGGGGCGCGAAGUUACUGACUAGAAUGUGGCGGCGCGUUUCGUUUUAUUGUUACACUACUUACACGAAAUUGUAUGAAUGUUGAA